AUGAUAUUCUUUUUAGCUAGAGAACAAAACAAUAUGUUUAAUCUUAGGAUUAAUGGGAUCUUUCUGAUUGCAUGUUCGACAUUGUUGUGUGCGAUCUCAUUAGCAACAACCGUUGAUUAUGAUGCAAAUGCCAUUAUUAUCAAUGGAGAACGACGACUAAUAAUGUCUGGUGCAAUUCACUAUCCGCGCAGUACUCCGCAAAUGUGGCCAGAUCUUUUAAAGAAAGCAAAAGACGGUGGUCUUGAUGCUAUUGAAACAUAUGUAUUUUGGGACCUUCACGAACCUGUCCGGCGCCAAUAUGAUUUUUCUGAAGAUCUAGACUUCAUCAAGUUUCUAAAAAAUGUCCAAGAAGCGGGGCUUUAUGCUGUGCUCCGAAUCGGUCCUUAUGUUUGUGCUGAAUGGAACUACGGAGGUUUCCCGAUGUGGUUACAUAACUUGCCAGGGAUUCAGCUAAGGACAGACAAUGCAGUAUUUAAGGAAGAAAUGAAAAUAUUCACAACAAAGAUUGUGACCAUGUGCAAAGAAGCUGGAUUAUUUGCGCCACAAGGAGGACCGAUUAUUUUAGCACAAAUUGAGAAUGAAUAUGGAGAUGUCAUAAGUAGUUACGGAGAAGCGGGAAAUGCAUAUAUUAAUUGGUGUGCCCAGAUGGCCGUAUCUCAAAAUGUUGGUAUUCCAUGGAUCAUGUGCAAGCAAAGUAAUGCUCCAUCGCCUAUUAUCAACACAUGUAAUGGUUAUUAUUGUGACGAUUUCAAGCCAAACAACCCUAAAAGUCCCAAAAUGUUUACAGAAAAUUGGAUUGGUUGGUUCCAAAAAUGGGGUGAGAAGAGGCCACACAGAACUGCUGAAGAUUCAGCAUUUUCAGUUGCACGUUUCUUUCAAAAUGGCGGUGUCCUCCAAAAUUACUACAUGUAUCAUGGAGGAACAAAUUUUGGGCGAACCGCAGGUGGUCCAUAUAUCAUGACAGCAUAUGACUAUGAUGCACCACUUGAUGAAUAUGGUAACUUGAACCAACCAAAAUGGGGACAUCUUAAAAAACUUCAUGCUGCCAUAAAGUUAGGAGAAAAGGUUCUCACCAUCAAUGCCACAAUUACUGAGAAGCAAUAUGGAGAUUCUGUAUAUUUGAAAACUUAUGCAAAUCAGGCCACUGGAGAAAAAUUCUGCUUUUUGAGCAAUGCGCAUAAUUCUAAGGAUGCUCAAGUUGAUUUACAACAGGAUGGAAAAUACUAUGUGCCUGCAUGGUCAGUGUCUAUCCUCCAAGAUUGCAACAAAGAAGUUUUCAACACUGCAAAAGUUGAGGCGCAAACAAAUGUUUAUGUUAAGAAACUAGCUACAGAAUUAGGAAACACAUUCACCUGGACAUGGACAUCAGAACCAGUGGAAGACACCUUACAAGGCGUCGGGACAUUUAAUGCAUCUGAACUUUUGGAACAAAAGGCUGUUACCGUUGGUGCUAGCGAUUACUUGUGGUACAUGACCACGGUUCUCAUCAAUGACACAUCGACUUGGAAGAAUUCAAGUUUGCAAGUGAACACAACAGGUCAUGUUCUUCAUGCCUAUGUUAAUGGACAAUAUAUUGGUACACAAUGGGGUACACAUGAUAAACUUUCUUUUAUAUAUGAAAAGCCCAUUUCUUUGAAACAAGGUGCCAAUAUUAUAAGUUUAUUGAGUGGUACAGUUGGUCAUGCACAUUACGGCGCAUUCUUUGAUAUGGCAACUACCGGCAUUGUGGGCGGUCCUGUGAAACUCAUUGCUUCAAGCAAUACUACUACAUUGGAUUUAUCAAAAUCUAGUUGGUCAUACAAGGUUGGGUUAAAUGGUGAGGCUAAAAAGUUUUAUGAUCCUAAAUUUAGUAGUAAUGGAGUACAAUGGAAUCAGGUAAAUAAUGUUGGUACAGGAAAACCAAUGACUUGGUACAAGACCAGUUUCAAGACUCCUGAAGGUACAGACCCUGUAGUCUUGGAUUUAAUAGGCCUUACAAAAGGAGAAGCAUGGAUUAAUGGUAAAAGUAUUGGAAGGUAUUGGCCUACAAUGGUGGCUGAUAACAAUAGCUGCAGUGACAAAUGUGAUUAUAGAGGAAAUUAUGGAGCUGACAAAUGUUUGAGUGGUUGUGGGGAACCAUCUCAGAGAUUUUACCAUGUGCCAAGAUCAUUCUUAAAUAAUGACACAAACACAAACAGUAACACAUUGAUUUUGUUUGAAGAAAUGGGUUAUGGCAAAACAUUAGAAAUAAAAUGUCCUGAUGGAAAAACUUUUUCGCAAAUUGCAUUUGCUAGCUAUGGUAAUCCACAAGGAAAAUGUGGAUCGUUCCAAGUAGGUGUAUGGGAAUCGAGCGACAGUGCUUCGGUGAUUGAAAAUGCAUGUAUUGGAAAACAAUCAUGUUCAGUUAAUGUGACGAGUUCGACAUUUAAAAUAAACAACCAAGGUGGUAAUGAUGGUCAAUUAGCUGUGCAACUCUUAUGUGAUGGAUCUGAUCCUGAAAUCGGUCGUGUACAAAAGGUGAAGAAUCAUGAAAAACUCUCACUUAAUGAGUCUGGUCCUGAGUCUGAACUUUGA